AUGCAUCAGGGUUGGCUGUACUCGUUGGUUCAGUGUGUGCUGUCGGUGUCCGUGAUCAGCAUGAAUAUCAGGCUGUGUAUGCGUUUGGAUUCUGGCUGCCACGUAAAGAGUGUUUCCUCCUGCCUAAAGCUAUGUUUAGGCUGGGUAGGAGCCAUCGGCGGUGUCAUGGACAUUCCCAUCAACAUGCUGUUGAACCUGAGGAGCACACAGUGCCUGUACACAUGCAUCAUGCUGGUGUGCUUCCUGCUGCUGGUCAGACAGUUCACUAUGUGGCUGCUGCUGCUUCUCAUCCUCAACACGCACCUACAUUGCCGACUAGGACACAGGUAUGCAGGGUUGGUAACACGUCGACGGAUGCUGUGCCUGGUGCUCUUCAGCUGGCUCUGCUCUGUUGUAACUGCCUUUGCGCAGUUCAUCGUGUGCAACUCAUUGGACACUUGGGGAACGGAUGGGUUGGGAUUCAUCUGGCCCAAUCAGACUACACAUAAGCCACACCCUCAAACCCCAUCGGUAAUUGGCAAGUACCUUCCUUAUGGUGGAUUCCUGUCCAAGUUCCUGGUGGAAGACCUGAACAACUUCACCUACGCUGAGAUUCACAGCAGCCAUUGGGGAGUCUGUGCUCAUGACACUGUCCUCAACCCAGCCUUUCUGGUCUAUGUCUAUGACGUUGCUGUCUUUUACAUUCCUCUACUUGUCCUGCUUGGUGUGUAUGUAGAUCUCAGCUGUGUGAUGUCACGGCAGGCUGUGAUGAGUCUCUCUGAGCUACAGAUGAAAACCUCAGGCUGGUCUCGCUCUAUGGUUAUGUCCUUGUGUCUCCUGGUUCUCCUGUGCCUACCCCUUCACACCAUACAUGCUUUGCAUCUCUUUGCCCCCAGUAGCCAAUGGCCUCAAUGGGCAAAUUAUGUUGCCUCCAUAUUAUUCCAGGCAUAUGGUUUGGUUCCUCCGGUCCUUUUCAUUUCGUCUCCUCAAAAAGCAAACACCGGUGGAGAAUCUUUGUCUCUAAAAACAGCUACAUCGCCGCUGAGGUCUAAUCCCCCAAAACCCUUAGAGUUCUGUUCACCUGAGCCAAUGGCAAAAGGCAAAACCUUUCUAGGGGUGUGAUGCCACCAUGUUGUUUUACACAAAAUCGAAAUGUUUGUCAUUGCACCGAACGAUGCUUUGUAGGCUAAAAAACAAUUAGAUGAAUUUAAAUAUUGGUUUCGCCCCAGUGACCGUGAUGCCUGCUCCAUGAAAGUGAUUCAUGUAAGCUUUUCUUUCCAUCCUUUCUGAAUAAUUAAUGAUUGCCUGUCAGCGAGCUGUAAUACUCAAAUUAAUAUUCCCUCGACAUCCACCUCAAAUAACAGUAAUGGUCCUGUCCUAAUCGCAUGCCUCAGAAGGAUUAACUGGCUACAUGUACUAUAGACCAUUGAUGAAGACUGAUCUGAACAUGUUUAAUUAAUCCAAAAGUAAUAAUAACAUCUAGGACGGGAGGCCGUAAUAA